AUGGAGGCAUGGGAGGACAUCCGCCGAUGGACAGUGAAGGAGCCAAACUGGGUUCCGUACGCCAUUUCCAAUUACGAAGCGAUCACAAGGGACCUCGACGACGAAGAGCGCGAGUUUGAACUUGGUCUAUCCUCAGACGACGACGACGGCCUCGAUGUGGGAUUCAACGACAAAGAGCUCAAGCAGAUGGAAAUGCUCGAGGCUUACGGCGUCCAAACGGACGAAAUCACCCCAGAGGCCAAAGUGCCGCCGCUAUCGCCAUCCGCGUCCACAACUUCAAUGCGAUCCAAGAAAGUCCUCGGUGACAACUAA